UUGUGAAGUGAAGUGAAUGAAUGAAGUUAUUGCUGUUUUCUUUGUAUUUAGUAAAUAUCUCGUAUAAUUUCCCGUUCGAAUUUAUUUCAAUUUCUAACAAAGUAAUAUGGUGAUCAUUCUGUGCCAAAGAUGACCUAGAAAAGUUGAUCGUUGCUAUAAAAUCCGAAUAAUGUUGAUAAAAUAAUGGGGCUUAAAGCUUUGGUUUUGUGUUUGUUUUAUUUUUAUUUUUCAAUAAGUCAGUGCAUCGACCAAGCAUCUUUUUACGGCAAUAGUUUCAUUGCACUUCCAUUGAAAGAGGCGAAAAGUUCGACUGACAUAAAUUUCAAGUUCAAGACCCGUCUGUCCAGCGCUUUAAUAUUUCUAGUAGCCGGAACUACCGACUACUGCAUCGUUCAAUUAGAAAAAGGCAGACUAAAAAUCAACAUUAACUUAGGUUCGGGCGAAGCCGAAGUAAUCUCGCCCAUUGGCUCGAAAUUGAAUGAUCUCAAAUGGCACGAAGUCGCUAUCGAAAGGAAAGACGCCAAUUUUACUUUAACCAUUGAUAAGUCUCAUAAAGUACAAAAACAUUUACCAGGUAAAUUCUUUGAGCUUAACAUUCACUAUGGUCUAUUUAUCGGUGAUAAUAAAAACAGGAAUAAUACUGAUAUAUUUUUUGGACAUAUGGAUAAAUUUAGAGGCUGUAUAUCAGAUUUUAAAUACAACGGUAUUAUGGUACUAGAACAAGCAAGGCAUAGACAAUCACAGUCUAGCGUAGAAGGGAUAACAUGGAGCUGUGCGACAGAAUUCGAUGCGACUGUCGAUCAAUCGAUCAGCUUCAUCGAAGACGACGCUUACAUGGCGAUUUCGGGCAAGUCAAACAAUCACAACAAAGAGCUGAAUAUCAAUUUCGAAAUGAGAACAAUCAACCAAAACGGGCUGCUCUUUUACAACGCCGGCCAAAAAUUCAAACAAGACUUCUUGCUCAUAGAGCUCCACAAUUAUUCCAUAGACGUUGUGAUCAAGAUGAACGAAAAGACAACGAAGCUGUUCAGCAAAAACUCGAAGGUAGCCAACGGAGAGUGGCACAAGAUUUCUUUCAGGAUGACCCCGACCAUCAUGGAGCUGAGCGUCAAUGAGAAAAUAAUCAGCGAGAAGAACCCUCACGCCGGCUAUUUCCAAAUGACUGAUACCUCGUACAUCGGAGGCCUGGAAGUGAGCAAAAGGUUCCGCGCGUCCCAGAAGGGUUGCAACAACUCCUGCGAUGCCAGUUUUAAAGGAUGCAUUCGAUACAUGUCGAUUUUCGAUGUCAAAAAAGGCAUACCCGAUGCCUACGUGACUGAUGGUAUAAUGCCGGCGUGCUUGUGGCAUUAUCCUUGCUUGCAGGACCCUUGCAGUAAAGGGGUUUGCGUCCAGCAAGGUUUGGAUUCGUUCAAUUGCCAGUGCAAGGAGGAAUUCUGCGUGAGCCUGAACUACAGCGAAGGGUAUAAGGUAUUUUCGAGAAAGAGCAGCCUCGCAACCGACUUGGAGCUGCUGUCAGUCGAACCGCUGCAGGUUUUGGAAGGCCAAAGCGAACUUUUGACAACGAACAACCUGCAUAUGAUACUCGAUUACCACAAAUACGGCAUCUCCGACACCGGCAUAACGUUCUCUGUGAUCGAAGGACCCGAACACGGUAGCAUAACUUUGGACAUUUGGCCUCACGAUAAAAAUUCUUUCAGCUUUCACGAUCUAGCUAGGGAUAAAGUGCAUUACAUACACGACGGCUCGGAGGAAGAUCACGAUCACAUCGUAAUGGAAGUGAUGUUCUCAACGGCCGAUUCUUUUACCUUGCCGGAGUACCUUCAAGGUAGAUUCAAAUUUAGUUUGACUGUAAUGGUCACUCCGACGAACGAUCCUCCGAUUUUGGAUAUUUCUGAUGUAACUGUUUUGAGAACAGUCCAGGGAACGAAAAAGUUCUUGUCUUCCGAGAUAUUCAAAGUCGUAGACACGGACAAUGCUCCGGGUCAAUUGAUUUACACGAUUCUGAAGUGCGACGGCGGGUAUUUCGAAAACGCGAACAAACCCGGCGCGAAAAUAUCCACUUUCACCCAGGACGAAGUCAACGGCGGUUUGAUAUUGUUCUUCGACAAAACGGUGGAUAAGAAUACGUCGUACAUCAGCAUGCAGGUCUCCGACGGCAUCGAAACCAGCCCCGUUUACAGGCUGAGGGUGGCCGUUUCGCCGCAGUAUUGGCGAAUGGAAAGGAACACCGGGCUAGUCGUUAUGCACCAAAGCUCGUCGAUUAUUACGCCUUACAAUCUGAGUUUUACGUCCAACGUCGCUAUUCCGGAUUACUCGACGCAUUUUUCUAUAGUCAAAGAACCGACUUACGGAGUCAUUGAAGUGGAGAAAACGGGAAACUCGUGGGAACGGUCCGAAUCGUUUACGGGUAGCGAUUUGAAGCAACACAGGGUCAGAUACAGGCAUUAUUCCGCUAAGCCCGAUUUCGAUGAAUUUCAAUUUCUAACAAUGGAUAAGACUCAAAUAUACACUUUCAGAAUAAUAUUCGCUAGAUGUACAUUACAGAAGGACGUUAACAAGCACAUGCAGUUAAAAGAUUGGGAACAAACGAUAUCUGUUGAAGAUCUUUCGUUCGUGACUAAACCUUCGAAGCCCCCAAUGUCCAUUCAUUACGUUAUAGCCGAACCGCCGCAAUACGGCUAUUUGUUCUCGGCCGAAUCGAAAUACAAGUUGAAAUCGUGCGAUAAAUUCACGCAGGAAGACAUCAUUUCCGGCAACAUUAAGUACAGAUUACAUCAAAAGCCUUAUUCGUACGUGCAAGACAUUUUCGCGUUCGUCGUGCUGUCGCCCGGCUGUAACAACGUGACAUCGAACUUGACAAUAAUUUACGAACCCCCCGAAGAAGACUCGUCGAAAAUCGCGGUGCAUUUGAACCGCCUGCAGGUCGAAGAAGGCUCGUCCAUACUGAUAGACCAGCAACGUUUGUCCUUCGAAUCGAAAUCGAUCUCAUUGAAAUCCGUAUCCUACAACGUCACCGUCGAUCCCAAGCACGGAUAUAUACAGAAAGCCGACGGCGAAAUCAAAAGAAACCACACGAGAUACUUCACCUCCGACGACAUAAAAAAUAAUUUGAUCUAUUACAUCCACGAUAACUCCGAAACGAAGGACGAUUCUUUCACGUUCGUAGCUUUAGACGACAAUUUCCUGUUCGUCGGGCGAGUUGCCAUCGAAAUCAUAUUGAAAAACGACAACAGCCCCGUUAGAACCGUGGAUAAAGUGUUCCACGUGGUCGUGGGCGGCGAGAAAUCGCUCACGGGCAAGGAUUUGAAGUAUGUCGACGCCGAUUUGGACACCACCCCGUCCUCCAUAGUCUACACCAGCCGGGAUUCCACCAACGGCUACUUCUACAACGCGAACAAUUCCACGUCGAAGAUCACCGAGUUCACGCAGGACGAUCUGGACCACAACCGGAUCGUUUUCAAGCACAAGGGCGCCGAAUUCGGCAAGGUCAGGCUCUGGAUAACGGACGGCCAGUUCCACGUGAACGGCGUCCUCGAGGUCCAGGCGUCGGCGCCGUUUAUCCACGUCAAUAUGCGCAGGAAGAUCAUCGUGGAACAGGGAAGGAUCGUGACUAUAACUAGCGAACAUCUGUCGUACUCGACCAACCUGUACGCUCACGAUAAAGACGUCGUCUACGAGAUCAUCAACAAGCCCAUUUUCGGCAAGCUGGUUUUGUCCAAAUCGCUCAAGGCGGUGAAAAAUUUCACGCAGGACGACAUCAACAAAGGCCACAUUAGCUAUUUGAACGAGCACAUCGGCGUGAACGCCGACGAGAUCGGCAUGAAAGUAACGUGCAAGGAUGCCGCUAAUAUAGCCCAGCUCGGCGUUUGGAUGUUGCCCUCCAACUAUUGGGAACCUUUGGAGGUUAAAACGUUGAAAAAACUCUCCGUCGAGGAAGCUACUAGUGUCCUGAUAUCCAAAAAGACUUUAGAGGUUACCCAAUAUAACGUACCUCCUUCUGCCAUAAAUUACCACAUAGUAAAAAUGCCGGAGUACGGUUACAUAACGAUCCUCUCGGACGUGAAGACCGAAGAGCCCGUAAACAUCGAAAGUUUCUCGCAGGAUUUAGUGAACGAGAAUAAAAUCCUCUACAUCCAAUCUGCGAUGAACCGCAACAGGGACAGCAUCGUUUUUAACGUUACCAACGGCGUAGUUUGGAAGAACAACUUCCAGUUAGAUAUAGAAAUAAUACCAGAAAGACUGUAUUUAGGAACUAGCGAUUUGAUUGUUAACGAAGGCGGAGUGGGCAUUUUGACCGCUUCGCACAUUUUCGUAUCGACUGAUUAUUACAAGUCCAAAGUUACUUCUUAUUCCAUAAAGGAAAACGUCAAACACGGUUGCAUACAGCUUCACAAGAGGUGCUUGAAAACGAAGGGAUUCACGCAGAAAGAAUUGCUAGCUGGCGCUGUUCAGUACCUCCACGAUGGCACGGAAACUACUACCGACCAGCUAAUUCUUACCGGAGAUGCCGAUCAGAAAAAAAUCAGCCAGCCAGUAGUUCUGAACAUCAUCAUAUUUCCAGUCAACGAUCAAAAGCCCAAAGUUGUCAACAACACGGGGUUAACCAUGUGGGAAGGCGGCGUAGAAGUUAUUACGAACGAUAUGCUCGCUACCGUUGACGAUGAUUUGCCCAAGGAAACUCUUAAAUACCAGGUACAAACUUGCUGGUUCGGAGCUGUAUCGCUCAAAUCUGACGUAACUGCUCAUUUGUCGUAUUUUACGCAAGAGAUGAUCAACAAUCGAUCGAUAGUAUUUAUCCAUUACAAUGGCACUUCGGCCCGUUUCAAAUUCAACGUAACCGACGGGCUCCACACCACGAAAGACUACUUAUUCCACGUAAAAACCAAGCCAGUAGAAAUGAAACUAAUAAACCGUCCCCUUCAUAUUUUUCCGCUGCAAAAGAAAUAUUUAACCUCGAAUCAUUUGCUGACCGUCGUCUCGGACCCGUACAGGAAAAUAGAGUACCACAUCGCGAAACCGCCUAGCUUAGGGAGGCUCAUGAUGGAGUCCGAGGUCAAUGGCAUUUUCAAAGUGGUCUCAUGUUUUUCGCAAGAGGAUUUAAACAACAGCAGAGUGUUCUACGAGCACACGCAUCAGUUUUCUGAUUUGUACGCGAACGAUUCGUUCGUUUUCAACGUCACCACGCACUUGGCUCCCAAACUGCUCAGAAAGGUGUUCAGAAUCGAUAUAUCGGUGUCAUCCGGAGGUUUGGACGCCUACGUGAACAUCCCGAAGCUGUCCGUAGACGAAGGCGGCGUGACGGCGAUUCCCCUCAACCUUUCGGGCGUGGUGAUGUUUCUGGAAAACCACGCUGGCCUCCGCGCGCCCAUCAUUCACGCCUCCGCCCAUCAACCCCAACACGGCCUUAUAUACUCGCAGCAGAACAGGAACGUGUCCGCGUUCACGCAGCUCCAGCUGGAGACCGGGCAAGUUUACUACGAACACGACCACUCCGACACCCUGGGAGACAACGUCUAUUUCUCGUUGUACUUGAUACCCGGGCCGGUGACGCUGUGCAACAUCACGGUACCUAUUGUCGUUAAUCCGGUGAACGAUCAACCGUUUACUCUGGUAACGCCGGCUCCCUGUUUGGCUGUCGUACAAGGAGAGAACAGGACUAUAACCAGGCACGAUUUGGCCACCGAAGACGCGGAUACGUCCCCGUCGAAGCUCAAGUACGACCUCAUCUCCGGACCGUCGCACGGGAAAUUGGUGCUGGAGAACAUCUCGGUGACAUCCUUCACUCAAGCAGACAUCGACAACAACAAGCUGGUUUAUAUUCACGACGGAAGCAACUCGAAGGAUUCCUUCCAUUUCAGGAUUUGGGACGGCAAGUUCCGGCCGGAAUUUAAUCUAUUUAACAUCAUCGUAGUUCCGAUAAACAUCACGGUGAAGGCCGGAAUGCCCGUUUACCUGUCUCAAGGAUCCUACGACGUUUUGCUUUCGGAACAACAAUUUUUUAUCGAUACAAACGCUGAUAAAACCAAGGUGGAAUUCACCUUAAAGAAACCGCCUAAACACGGGCUAUUGUACAAAGACAACCAGGCCAAUUUGACUUACUUUUCGUACUGGGAUUUGGUAAACAACAAAAUCAUGUAUCUGCAAACAGACUUGUCUGUAACCAACGACAGUUUUUCGGUAAACGGGGAGAUACCAUCAGGCAACAAUUCUUUCGGCGAGACCGUCGAGGUUUCGAUCACCGUGAAACCGUUCAUGCACAUCCACAAUCUCACAGUGAAACCCGGCGAAUCGGCGCGCCUGACGCUCAACUCCCUGGACGCCUCUCCUUUAGCCAAGCUGACCAACGGGAAUCCCCGGUACACCGUCGUCGAGGCGCCGAAGUACGGCGAAAUACGCAAGAUCAUACGCAGCUCCGGCGAGCGCAGGAACAUCCUGGACAACCCGGUGACGGGCUUCAGUCACGAGGACAUCCAGAGCGGGCUGAUUUACUUCGUGACGAACGAAGUGGAACCGCCGAGGCUCGGCUAUCAGGACAAAUUGGCGUUCGUUCUCAGCGCUAAUAUCGUACAACCGGCCGUCGGCGAGCUGAAGAUUCACGUGAAAUCCGCUUCGGACAACGACGUUUCUUCCACUAUUCCGGGACCCGUCGAUCCGGCUAGCCACGAAGGGGGCCUGUAUUUGGCCAGUCCCAAUUUGACCAAAGACUACGUAUUAAUAUUGAGCAUGGCUUUGGGAGUAGUAGUCCUGGGCAUAGCCGUGAUAGUAGCGAUAAAAUGCCGGUCCGUAGACAACCGCAUGGACAAAGAAGAGCACUGCGUGCAGCCGAUACCUCUACCCCGUCCGCCCGACAGACUAAUGACGUCCUCGCCGUCGCUGAGGGACUCGCUGCCCGACGAUUACCCGACCGAAUUCACGUCCGAUUUCACGACAUUCGGCCCGGACUUCUCGACGGACUUCCAGCCGGCGUUCGCGGCCGAUCUGUCGCCGGAGUUCGCCUCGGAGUUCUCGUCGGAGUUCGCGCCGUCGUUGAGCACGUUGCCGCGCUGCAAGGUCACGCCGCUCGGCCGGAUGGAGCUGGAAUCGCCGCACAUGUUCUACCCCUACGGCGUGGAUGACGGCAUGGACGAGUGGAGCGAGGCGCCGGACGUGCCGGAGCCGAUGCCCUGUCCCUCCAACAGCAGCAUAUUGCUGCGCAAGAAUCAGUACUGGGUUUAAGGUAAUCGUUUGCCUGUUCCAGGUCGUUUUAGUCGAGCUUACUUAGCAACGAGAGGAUGACUAGUAGAUGGAUUUAAUUUCCUAUUUGGAACUCUAACGAAUUUGUUCUAGCGUUACAUUGUACUCCUCUCUAAAAAUGUUUGUGAAAUAAGCUUCAUUAAAGCGUUUGAUGGAACAUUAAGUAUUGUGCCAAAUUUGUUUUCUAGAAAUCUAUCGAUUCGAAUGCGGUUGAAUUUAAUGAGGUAAUUUUCCUGCACGUUUACUGUGGAAAAAAUGUAAAAUGAUGAGUUGCAUUUUUUUGAGUGAUGCUCACUUUUGGUAAAAUAUUUUCUCCGUGUCGACCCGUUCUGUUUGAAUAUUAGAAAAUAUUUAUUUAUUGUUGAAAACGUUUAAAAUAUAUUUAAAAAUUUCGAGUAGAUGUUUGAACGAUUCCGAAUAUUUAAGCAGUAAGUGGUGUGAUUUAUUUUUUCACAAAACUUAUUUAUACGAGAUCCUCCCGACCUGUUUGACCAGUAAAAUAUUCGUAUAUUUAUACUAUAUUUAGACAAUUAUUAUUAGUUAUUGUACUCAUUUUUUUAACAACUCUAUUUAAUGCCGUAUACUUUAUUUUAGUUAGUAAAUAGGAUACUAAUUCCGUGCAAAAUUAUAUUACUGCGUUUUGUAUUGUGGCCUUAACAAGACAUUCAGAUACGAAAGGGUGUUUGUUAAUUGCUGAGAUGAUCGAAUAAAAAAAUCUUUAAUUAUAAUUGUUGAUUAAAAAGGGUCCAACUUGUACAAAGUAUAAAUUUUAAACAUAAUUUAUUGUUAACGACAAUUGAAAAUCCUAAAUUUUAAAUAUGGGCUGUACGUUGUCCAACGAAUUCCUUCAGUCAAUGUUUUAAAAAAAAUUGCAAUUGGAAUUUUGUCAAAUGUGUUCUAAUAUCUAUUAAAAGAAAUAAGGUCACAAUUAUUUCUCAAAUCAAAUAAACGUUUCUUAACUCUAUAUAUGCAACGAACUGUUAUGUGCCUAAUAGUUUUAGGUAUUAGCGAUAGAUAUUGUAAUUUAUAAAGAUUCAUUUGCGUAAUCUCUAAAUUGUUGGUUUAGAAAACCGUCUUCAAUAAUACUUAAAUUAGGUAUAAAUUGUAAUAUUUUAAAUAUGCAUUUAUUAAAACUACCAAUUGACGAUUCUGUUAUAACUAAAAAUUUACCCUAUCUGAAAUUUAUCUAUUUAAAAACCGAAGUAAUAUAAUUUUGUUUAAUAUUUUAUAUUAAUUCUAUAACUUAAACAGACUUAUUGUUUAUAGGCACAAGGUGUUACAUGUUUGUAAAAUAAACGUAAUUAAAAUCGUACUAAAGUGUUCAUUAUCCAUUAACAUCUUAUAUUACUAAAAAAUUAAGGUACAAUUCAAUUAUUAUGAAACUGCAAAGCUAUCUAUGAAAUGAAACUUAUAUAAAAAGAAAAAACAAAAAAACUAAUAUAUCACAGGUACUUAUAAUAUAAAAAGAAACCAAGUCUUACAAAAAAUACAAUAUUUAUGGAAAUUAAUUCUUAUGAAAAUUUAAUAAUCUGUAAUGGCAAUCUUCAGAAUACCCAGAAUCUUCUCUGUUAAAUGGGGGCCUGGCUUUUAUUCCAAUAGUCGUAAGUCUUUUAUUGGGAUCUUUGCACAGCAUGUUUUGUAAUAUCUCGU